AUGGAUCUUGCAGAUAAUACUAUGAUAGGACCUAAAAAGUCCUUCGAGCGAGAUUGGAAGGAUAUCAGACAACGUUUGGAACGGAAAAUUGCUGCAGCUGCAGCACAGGCAAUCUCCGGCAGACCUGGUGGCGCUGAAGCUCGCAAGCCUCGAUGGGCUACACCGCCCAAGCAAAAGGAGCCGCGAUUCUAUCAGGUCAAGCAGGAGGAUAAGCUGACCACAAGAGGCGCCAACCCUAGAACUGGCGUGGUUAGUCCAAGCAACCGCACUGAUAGCUCUUGUGAAGAUCAUAUUCCUCGGCCGCGUGUCAGUCAGAAAUGGAAAGUCAAUGGUGACCAGUGGGUCAGUGUUGAUGUUUCUCAAACGCCAUCGCCGCAAUCGUCGCCAUUGAGCUACAAAUUGGCAAAGACCGUGUCCUCUGCUGGCUCCGGCUCAACUGAUAUGUCAUCAUCGGAUGACUGGGAAGACCGAUUUGUCGUACACAUGCCUUCUGCGAAAGAUCCCAAUCCGCCCUCCAUGUCAGUUGAGCAGAUCCGAAUGUAUCAAGAAAAGAUAGGGAGGCUUCAUACGCCGACGGUUAGAAGGCACGAGAUGGAUGCGUCUAAACCGUCUUCUGGCUCUCCACAGCACCAAAGUACGGCACGCCCGAAGAAGACGAGCUCAAUUCCUAUAGUUCAAAAGGACUCAUCUUUGCAUUCCUCUUCAACAGGCAGCAGCCAGUCAAUCUCCCCUCCAGUGGAUGGACCGAAACAAUCUUACUUCAGUCCUGAUGAGGUUGGGCGGGCCAGAGUCAGUCCAGUAAACGACUAUUCGAAACUCAAACAGAAAGAUUUGGUCAAAAAGUUAAGAGAAGAAUGUUUCCUGGGUUGUAUGGGAGUAGAUGAAGCAGCUGCAAAAAAUCCAGAUGAAAUCCUUUUAUUUCCGUCUCUAGACGAUGAGAACGAAUCGCAAGCAUCACCAAUCGUGAAGUCAGCGGACGAAGGUGACAAAGCUAAAUCAUCUGGCAUUCCAAGAUCAUCCAAACUGCCACAGCUUUCCGGUCAACCUCUCGCUAGGACACCCCCAAAAGCUCCUAGCAAGGAACAUGCGACACCUCAUACCAACCCUCUAGACAUUCCACUAGCAUUGACAGCAGCACAAUCGACAAAAAUACCAAAGCCCGCGUCGAGCAGUCCCAAGGAAAGUGCCCAGCAUAUAGUCAAGGAAGGUGAAGAUAAUGCCCUCAAAUCUACUCCUCCCGCCAGCACCAAGAAACCCCUCACUAGAGCAGUUAUACAAGGAUCACGGACACGUUUAGCGUUCAAGACAUCGUCUAGGCCACGGAACUUUCCCAGCAAGACGAAGCAGGGAGCUCCAGAAAAUGAUGUGUUUUUGGAAAGCUCUUCGCCUAGCAGCACGCCUGAAGCGGCUCCUCAACAUGCUCCAGAGCAACCUUCCAAGCCUACCUCACCUGAUUUUAGCAAAACAAACCUUGAGCAGAUCCCAGAAGGCAAAUCUAUGACUACACCCAAGAGCAGUGACAGUAUUAGACUGAGCCCUAGCGAUAUCUUCAAGGACAUUCCUGGCAAAGGUCCGCAGCUCUACGAAAUCCUUUCCCCGGAAGAAGCGAGAGCGCGCAAUGCAAAUCAAAAGGCACCAAAGGCAUCAAGCGUCGCCGAGUUGGACGGCCUUCAAGUGCCUCAACAAUUGCCGAGUCCGCCCCUGAGCACUUCCCCUUCCCCUCCUCCACUGAAAGCCAAAGCAGAUGUAUCACCAACGAAUGCAAAGUCUCCCCAGUCUGAGAAGAGGAAUACUCACUCCAUCCGAAUGGAAAUUCGGAUGAAGGCAGAGAAGGCGAGACAGGGUGCCGCCGCUGCAAAAACUGCAUCUGAACGAUUGGCAGCCGCUCGAAAGCACGCAGAGCGACUGGCUGAAGCACGUGCUGCGUACGACAAAGCAAAAUCUCAAAGCGCUGCUAAGAAAACAAGAGAGCCACUGGACGAAUUGAAAGAACAGAAGCUCAAUACUGAAAGAAUCAAUGAAGCUCGUAGGGCUUACAAGGCAGCAAAAGCUAAAGAAGAGGCAGAGAAGCAGGAAAAGACGCAUCAAAAUGAAGCCAAAGAUCAGUCAACCCCAUCUUCUGCUUCUUCCUCUACCUCCGCCCCUGCUUCCCAACAUACCGACACAAAGCCAGUCAGAAAGCCCUCACGUAAGAGCGGCGCAAAACGUCCACCGAGAACCCACACUAUCAACGAACAUGAAGAUGCUGCCAUUCCUCGUGCUGGAGGGAACAAGGGUCCGGUUAAUAUUCCUAACGACGUCCGCCUAACCGAUAUUGCGUCCGGUCCUGGGGCUUUCUACCUCUCGCUCAUCAGAUUUCACGAUUCCCUUGGCCAUAACCAAUAUGCAACCGUCUGGCGGAAGCUUGGUUGGAAUACAAACAAACCGGAGUGUUACCACAGUCUUUUUGCGAAGACUGCCGGCUACAUUGCAAUUGUCACCAGCUGGAUUUUGUGGUUUAGUAAGCCUGCUGGGUGGAUUUUUGCACACGUAUUGGACGCUGUAUGGGAGUGA